AUGCCUCCUCUAAUUGGAUUUUCCGAUAACCCUUUUCGCACUAGAGACGAUGUCGCCAACGCAGCUCUAGCACUUCUGCGACCGUUGAAGUCCUACUUCUCCCCAGGAAAUGCUCGUAUUCGUAUCCCGGUCUCCACGGGAGUUCAUUUCGAUGAGGCAGCUGCACAGCUCGAGGGCUUUGUCCGGCCUCUAUGGGGAGUAGCCUCGCUAUUACAAUUGGAGGCCUCGGUUGCCAAGGACGAUUUCCAUGAUCCCGCUCUUGCAGCAACUAUUCGAGAAGUGACAGAGCCAUGGAUUAUGGGGCUAUCCACCGGCACAGAUCCUGAUCAUACAGAAUACUGGGGAGAAAUUUGCGACAUGGACCAGCGCAUGGUUGAGGCUGAAGUUAUUAGCUAUGCCCUCUUGUCAGUUCCAGAUAAGCUGUUUCACAGUCGCGAUGAGACGACUCGACGUAACAUUACUACCUGGCUGCGUGGAAUAAAUGGCAAGCAGAUGCCCAGCAAUAAUUGGCGGUGGUUCCGCGUAUUUGCCAAUCUCGCCCUCAUUAAGGUCUGUGGUAUCUCUGCUUCCGAGGUUGAAGAAGAGAUGAAGGCAGAUUUUGCUGUCCUUGAUUCAUUUUACCUGGAAGAUGGCUGGUCGGGCGACGGUCCCUGGCUGUCGACACAGGAAGAGGAAGAGGAAGCAGCUGCAUUUGAGCGGACCCGGCGAAGAGAUGCCAUCGGAAAAGGUCGACAGGUGGACUAUUAUUCCGGGAGUUUUGCGAUCCAAUUCAGCCAAUUGCUUUAUGCGAAGUUCGCUGAAAACAUGGAUCCUGAGAGAGCUUUGCGAUACCGACAGCAAGCCCGUGACUUUGGGGCUUCGUUCUGGCGAUAUUUUGACUCUGAUGGUUCUGCAAUCCCAUUCGGUCGCUCACUUACUUAUCGAUUUUCUUGUGGCGCCUUCUUUUCUGCGCUUGCAGUCAGUGAAGUGCCAAACAUGUCAUGGCCGCUUUCAACACCUGGCCAGGUCAAGGGGUUUCUUCUGCGCCAUCUCCGAUGGUGGGCAGCUCGCUCAGAUGAUAUCUUCCAUGUGGAUGGAACCCUGAAUAUCGGCUGGAUGUACCCAAACAUGUACAUGUGCGAGGACUACAACUCUCCUCAGUCAGCCUACUGGGGUCUGAAAACGCUAAUUGCAGUCUCACUCACCAAAGACAACAAUUUUUGGGCAGCGGACGAGGAGCCAUAUCCAUCCUCACUAUUUGCACCACAGCUCAUCCCUGCCCCCAGACAGAUCAUUAGCAACCACCCUGCUGGGAAUCACCAUUUCUGCCUUUCACCCGCACAGUUUGUUGCAUGGCCUCUGAAAGCCACACAAGCUAAAUACUCCAAAUUUGAAUACUCCUCCGCCUUUGGAUUCUCCGUACCCACGGGGCCCUUGAUUCAGCAGAUUGCACCAGACUGUACAUUGGCACUCAGCCGCGACGGGGCCGAAACAUGGGCCGUAAAAUGGAAGUGUUCCGAGCCUUUAUUCUCUACCGCUUGUCUACAGAUCGGCUCGGAAUCUUCUUCCUUGUCUGUCGCGACGGUUCGAUGGUAUCCUUGGGCCGAUCGGCAGGUUGAGAUUAUUACGACUUUGAUACCACCUACAAAUCGAUGGCCGGACUGGCAUAUGCGCAUACAUCGAGUUCGUGUAAAUUCUUCGUUGCGCAGUCUUCAUGCUGUAGAAGGUGGUUUCGCAUUGCCUGGUCGUCGUUCAGAUGGAGCAAAAAUCCCGAGUAUCGAUAAAAUCGACUCGGAUAUGAAGAUUGGGACCAGCGAAGGCAUUCUCGAGACAGAUAAUUCUGUUUUGAUUCUUUCAACAGCCGGGGCUAGUGGCCUUUCGGUCAAUGAGAUGGAGGGCCCAUUGCCGGCUCUAUUUACAAAUGCAUCGGCUCUCAAGCCUGACGCAAACACUAAUUUGGUCCAUCAGAGGACACUCAUUCCUACCAUUGCGCGUGACAUAUCACGCGAUAUUCAAGCAGGAGAGGAAUUCGUUUUCGUUACAAGUAUUUUUGCUGUUUCAAGCACUGCUAAUUCCAAUCGGCGGUCGAGAAAGAGCGUUGCAGACCGGUGGGCCAAUCAGCCCAGACUAGUCAUGUCAAAAUUCUCCAGUAUACCCUCCGAGGACUAUAUCAUCUUAGAUCCAUAG